UUCAACUGGACCCAGUUCGGCACCAGAGUCGCUGUGAUGAUGCCUUUAGGUGCUGCCGGAAAUAACAAAGCUCCUGCGGUUGAUUUGAGCAGAGAUGGAACGGUCAGAGGGUUCGGUUCGGUACUUAUCGAGCUCCGAUGGUCCCCCGUCCCUCAGGACCCUGAAGGCAACACGCUGUCACGUGAUGGUUGGCUCAUCAUGGCGGCUCCCUUCGGACGGUUGCUACUCCUGACGCUCCUGCUGUUCUGCUGCGGUUCUGGUUCUGGUUCUGGUGUCAAAGCGGCUGAGGCUGAAGAGGCGGAGGACUGCAGACACCUGAGGCUGGGACAGUAUCUGUGCAGAGACCCGAACAUCGAUGAAUCCACGCAGGAACCCGAGAACUGCCGGAACGGCGUGGCGUUCGUGGACUGUCUGCCCGCUCCAAACGUCACCUGCCGGCUGUCCAACGGAACCGAGGUCCGGUUCAGCGGAGACGAGGUCGGCUUCAACAGAACCGUCACCUGUAGGAACGUGACCGGAUAUUCCUACAAGGUUGCCGUGGCGCUGUCUCUGUUUCUGGGCUGGCUGGGAGCGGACCGGUUCUACCUGGGAUACCCGGCCCUGGGUCUGCUGAAGUUCUGCACCGUGGGAUUCUGUGGGAUCGGGACUCUGAUCGACUUCAUCCUGAUCGCCAUGCAGAUGGUGGGCCCGGCGGACGGGUCCAGUUACAUCGUGGAUUUCUACGGCGCCCGGCUGACCCGGCUCUCCAUCACCAACGAGACGUUCAGGAAGCCUCACCUGGUGCUCUGAUCGCAGCCGGACCGGGCCGCGCAGCCUUCAGGUGAAAGAGGAGCAAUUACGUCUUCGUCACCCGUCACAUUCCUGGAGGACCCAUCUGGGUGUCCCCUCCAUGUCUCCUCCAUGUCUCCUCCGUGUCCCCUCCGUGUCCUCCAUGUCCUCCAUGUCUCCUCCGUGUCCUCCAUGUCUCCUCCGUGUCCUCCAUGUCUCCUCCGUGUCCUCCAUGUCUCCUCCGUGUCCUCCAUGUCCUUAUUCAGAAGUUUUUCUGCUCUUUAAGUUAUUCAAUUUUAAAUAAAUUAUUCUGAGUUGA